UUGUGGUUUUGCAGUGACCCAGAACCUAACAAACGACUAACAAAAUAAGCUGUAGCGUUAGUAAAUAGUAAGUAUAAGUAGAGGUUGUUGCAGCAGCAAGGCGCAGGCAGCGCAGAAGGAAGAAGGAACGACGAAGAAAAAAGAAUCACGACGACGGGUGACAGGCGUCUCGAGGACGCACGUGUGAAGUGUAUGUACAAGAGAACAAAGGACUCCCGGGCUGCCAAGUGUAAGUAAAGAGCCAUGACUGAGCCAGGCAGCCAAACAAAACCAGACAACUUUGAAGACACUUCAUCAUCCGGAGACUGGACAUUUGUUGAUCAAACAGCCAAUGUGAAAGAGAUCAACAAUUCAGCUGAAGAAGAAAUCAGGAAAAAAGAUUUAAACGAACCUGAAUCGCCUGUAGUUCUACAAGAAACAAAAACCGAGGUGGUUAAGAAAGAUGAAGAACAAAAAGAGAACAUUGAUGAGGAGCAAGUUGAGAAAGGCAUAGAAGCUGGAGAAAAAGACACUGAGUCUGAUGACGUUUCCGUCAUAUCUGAUGAAGAACCCGAUCAUACGAUCUCUACAGAAAAAAGAAUUGAAAAGUUGGAUCUCAAUCAAUUGAGAGAGUCUUCAAGCCAACCAGAGUCUGACAAUUGCUGUGGCAUUGAUGCCAUUCGUCCAUUCAUACCUGUGUUACUUGGUGGAUUUGCAUUAUUGAUUGCGUCUCUAAUUCUGAUUGUGUCAUAUGCUUUCAUAGAAUAUAAAUUUCAACAACUGGAUAAUCAAGAUCUUCAAUACCAAUGUGCUUUUGAGUCACUUGGUAAAUUAAAGCCAGCAUCCGAAUUUACCGAAAACUUGCAAAAUCUUGAUCAUGUGGCAAGCAGUUUGGAUGACAUCAAUUACAAAAUGCCUGAAAUAAAGAAUCUUGUUGAUGAUCUAUCUAAAAAUGUAAACAAUUUUAUGAAUGUCAAAAUAAGCCUUGAACAUGCUUUGAAACAUGUUAACUACAAAAUAGAAUUGGUGGCAGCCCUUUACGAGAGUUAUUGUGCUAUAAAUGGAAAAAUGAACGGAUUUCGUAAUAAAAUGUGUAAAACACCAAGGGCACUUCACGAUAUGAUUUCCUUCAAAAAGAAAUGGACAGCUAAUAAUGGAAUAGGUAAAAUACCAAAAGAAAAUCAAGACGAAUUUCUAAAUGCCUUGAACGAAGAUAAACAUGAAAUUGACACUGUUGCUGAGACUUUGUUAUCUGAGUUUUUAAAUGCAUAUUCCAAAUUCGCUAACAACGUUGAGGAACUACAGGAAAUGACAUUCAGAUCCAAAUCACUAACUAACAAAGGAAACAUUUAUAAUAAAGAAAAAAAUUGGGCAAAGAAAGGAAAUGAUUCAUCGGAAAAGGAAGAGACAGGAGAGAAGAGUAAAGGAGAAUUAAAGAACGAUUGGAAAAAAAACAAGUCUGAAAGUAAAGAGAAACAAUCAUCCGAAGAGAAAAAAUAUGACAAACGUGAUAAAAACGAAAACUAUAAAAAAUAUAAUAACAAGAAUUCCAAGCAUAAGCGUGAAUACGAUGAUUCUGGGGAAAGUAACGAGAGAGAUUUUGACAAAAAAUAUGAAAACAAAAGAAACGGCGACUAUGUACAAAAGCACGAAUAUGAGAAAAAAAAUCGAAAUGCCGAUCACCAAUCUCCCAAGAAAAAAAAUGAUGAUCACAAUGAAAAGAAAGAUUGGAAUAGCGAACACAAAAGUAAUAAGAAUAAGAAAGAGUACGAUUAUGAGCGAAAAUUUGAGAACAACAAGAAGGUGCCUGAUUAUGAGAAUAAGUCAGAUUCGGAGAAAAAUUUCAGUGAACGUGAUUUCGAAAACAGCAACAAAAAGGAAAACUUUUAUCAAGAACGUGAUGACAAAAAAUACUGCGAAUCAGGCCAUAAGUGCAACAAAAAGAGGUAUCGUGACGACGAUGACGACGACGACGACGAUGACGAUCAUCGUCUCCAUCGUCAUCAGCAUUAUUCGUACAAGGAUCACCCAAAAAGAUACGUGGACUCAGAUGAGACGCGGGAUAAGUAUUUUAAUGAAAAUUAUGGAGACAGGGAAAGAGAAAAGAGGAACGGCGAGUGGUUGAUGGAAAGAAAAUCAAACAAAAAGACCAAGAAUAGAGGUGGUGAUCGCGAAAAGCAGCGCAAUUCUGAUUGGUACUCUGCCCGAGCAGAUUCGCGCCAGUGGAUGAGGAUGGAGGAGGAACGGCGCAUGAACAAUAGAAAACCCUCGGCUUAUCAUCAUCGUCGUCCACAUCACGAGCUCUAAGUACCACUGGGGCUGGAUCCAGUUGUUGGUAAAAAUUGCGAUUGCGGUGGGAGAGAAGUCAAUUUUCUUUUUUUUUUUAUCUUAGCUCGCCUUUCAGAGAUUUUGCUUGGCGCUCUUUGCGAUAAAAGUUUGCCGUUAUUGCUAUUUUUUUUUUUCGUUAUAUACUUACUGGGAUGGAAAAAUCCUUACAAGUAUAGCUUUUUUUUGUUAUUAAUGUAUAGUUUUAAGUUACAAACUAUAAAGACAAAAGAUUGUAACAUAUGUUGCAGGUAUGAAUUCAGAGAUCAAGUAAAUUUCUGUUUGACUCCAAGAUUAUUACUGUGAACAAUUAAAGUAUUCUAGAGUACAUUGUAAUCUCUUAAAUUUUUAUAGAUUUUUAAAUUUAUUUAUUAUAUAUCCUACUUUAGAUCCGCUAUAUAUUCGGGUGGAGUUUUGAAGAACCAAUGUCGUACUCUAUAAGAAAUUGUAAUAUUAUUAUCCUUCUUAUGGAGUAAGUAAUUGAUGUUUUAAAUGAUUGUACACACUUGGUACUCGUUACCCGAAUUAUUGUUAAAAACUAGGUGUUUGCACGUGACUUUCGACACUUGGAAAAGACACUUGGAAAAAUACCUUAUUAUUUACAAUAGGUUAAUAAAUAUUUUUAACAAUGAAAUCUUUGUAGUCACGAUAAUCAUGACUGUUUUUAUCCCUACUCUAAAGUUAAAAGGUGCUUAUUCCAAGUGUAGAAAGAAUCGUGUGCGCGCUCCUAUGGAAAACGUAUUAUUUAUUUACAAUCGUCCGACAGUGUGAUAAAAAAAUCCCGAGCUUUCGUAGCGACUUUAUUUUCAGCCAGAGUAAGAUUAAAUUAACGCAUAAACAAAGAUAUUUUUUUUAAUUUGUAUUAAUUUAUUAUUUCUAUUUUUUUUNUUUUUUUUUUCAUCAUUUUAUUUACACUUGGUACACGUUUACGCAUGUGUAUUGUAGGCAACCGUUUGCUGCGAGAGAAAAUAGUUAUUUCGUAUUUAAGUGUGAAUUUUGAACGAUUCAUGCAAUCAAUAAACAAAUAAUAAGAUGUAAUUUCAAGUGUAAAAUAAAAGUGUUGCAAACCAGUUGGAAAAAUUGAGGGCACCUCGUUCCUACAAUGAAUCCUUAUUUUAUUCACCACCGACAAUUAUUGUAAACUUUUAUGCUUGUAUAACAUUGUAAUUGUAAAAAAAAUUGUUGAUUAAAUAAAAUCGUAUAAUUAAAAAUAUAA